AUGACCGAUCAAAACAACGGUCAAAACAAUACAGACAACCCACCCCAGCGGGGUGGAUACACUCGCUUCAUAGAGUUGGAGGAGUCGUUGUUUCCCGACAACGAGGGAGACUUCGCCUCCUCCUUCAUGAAUCCCAGAAGGCCGGGAAAUCAAUCGGAUCGGCCUGCUCCCUUCGACCCGAGGAAUUCGGGCGAAGCCUGGCGUUAUGUCAGGAACAGGGUUUGGACUGGAGAAGCAUUCAUAUAUGCUUCUCCUCCCCGGCCAGAGGAGCCAAUGGAUUUUGACCCAUCACAAAAUCCAUUCUUCUCAAAAAAUGGCACGUCAGAAGUGUCAGGAUCCCCACAGGCCGGGGAAUCGUCGUACUUUGGGAAUCCCCAAGGUUCCGGUUCUGGUAAGAAUAAUACUACUACUCGAUCGUUACUUCCCCGACAACAAGACAAGGACAAGUUCCAAUUUGUCGGGUGGAACGAUGAAGCCAAGCGGACGCUAUACCGCUGGAAACGGAUACUGAAGAAAGGCCCGUCUUUCUUCCUACACCAGUUCCCGGGGGAGACCGAAGCAUCGGUGCGAGAUGCUUGGGACAAGUACGGCGAGGAAGGGAAGCGGCUGUACGAAGAGUGGGAGGCUGCAGAAGAGGAGUAA